AUUCAACGUUUUUUUAGUCAUUCAUUAUUUAUUUUUUUUUUUGUUUUUUUUGUUGAAACAAAUUAAUUUGGCUCAUGAUCACAACAAUCGUUAAUCGUUGAAUCGUGCGUUCACUUUUUUUUUCUUUUAUAUGUAUUUUUUUUCUACUAUUUGAAUCUCAUCUUGUCCAAUUCUAAUCAUCAUCAUCAUCAUCAUCAUCAUAAUUAAAUAAUUCAAUUUACAAUGGCUUACUCAUUACCAGUCAGACAAUUUGGGAUUCUCCUAUGGAAAUCCUUCAUCAUUCGUAAACGUCAUUAUAUAUGGACUUUUCUGGAAUUAGCAUUACCAAUAUUCAUUGCAUCAUUAUCGAUAAUAGCUAAUUCUGGUGGUAAAGGUGGUACUAGUGUUGAAGAACCAAUCCGUUAUCGUCCAGUACCAGUGGAAAAAUCUUUACGUUCAUAUUAUACAGUAUUGUAUACACCUGUAAAUGAAUUUACAGUGAAUCUAAUGUCAAGAUUAAAUGAAAAAAUUGAUUGCCGUGGCGUUGAAUCUGAAGAAGAAUUGGAUGAUAUAAUAAAAUCCGAAAUACCAUUUACGAUAUCAGAUUCGGUGGAAAAAUUGCUGUUAGGUUUACAGGAAAAUGAAACAAUCGCUGGUGUGAUAUUUCAUUUUAAUGAUGAAUUCAGUGAUACACCGGAACCGACUAUCGAUAUCGGUAACGAUACAAUGGUACCACAGAAUCUUCGUUACACAUUACGUGUACGAGAUUUUGAAUUACAACAUGAUGCCUAUCCAAAAAAACAGGAUUUCGGCCCAUUUCCAAAUGCAGAUCAUUAUAUAAAGAAAAAUUUUGUCGCCAUCCAAUCAUUGGUUAAUUAUGCCUAUCUUCAAUUAUUGAGUGAAUAUCUUUAUCAAAAUGGUACUGAUGUGCCAUUUCCAAUACCGGAUAUGCGUGAUAUUCGUGCACAACGUUUUCCAUAUCCAAAAUAUAUUAGACAUCCAAGAUUUCAGGUAUCGAUUAUAUCACGUUUUUUUCCUGGUGCAACCAAAUUGAACACAAUUCAAUUGACAAUGGAAUAUUGUACCAUAUUGGGUUUUGUCGUCAUGAUUGUUUUGCUCAUUAAAGGAAUUGUUGAUGAAAAAGUCAAUCGAGCUCGUGCAAUGCUUCGUUUAAUGGGAUUAAAAGAUUUCAUCUAUUAUAGUAGCUGUUUUGCCAAUACAUUCAUUGUCAUGGUUGUACAAUCGGCAAUUUUAACAUUGAUGUUUUGUGUUGGCAGUGAAGCACAGCUAAAAGGUGCAUCAACAUCAUUAGUAUUCUGUUUAUUGAUUCUUUAUUCAUCGGCAUCGAUAAUGUUUGCAAUGGCUAUUGCGGUGUUUUUUAAAAAACCAACCAAUGCUAUGAUUAUCGGUUUUAUUAUGUGGCUUUCCAUCCAAGAAGUGGUGGCAAUGUUGUUUGAAAAACGUGCCGGUCUCACCGAAACAUCCGGUUUGAUUCAUAUACCAGAAUGGGCUCAUCUAAUCAUUUGUGCAUUGGUUCCAAAUUAUGCACUUAAAGUGAGCAAUGAAUUAUUUGUCGAAUCAGAAGUAUAUGCUGCAUAUGGAACAUUUGUAUCACAAUAUGCACAAUAUUCAGCUCAUUGGUCGAAUAUAUUCCGAGUAUUACCAUUGUAUAAAUAUCUAAGCGUAUUACGUGUUGCUGGUGCAUUGAUUUUCUCCUGUUUAUUUUACGGUGUAAUCGUCUGGUAUAUUGAUGUUUAUUGUGUCUAUAAACGACAAUCAAACGAAAAAUACCAAGGCGGUGAUGAUGAUGGUUACGAUAAUCCAGCUUAUGAAGAAACAGAUCCGGAAGAAAAUCGUAAAAAAUAUUUCGAAGCAGAACCGAAAAAACUUCGUGUCGGUAUCCAGGCAAAAGGAUUGCGAAAAGAAUUUGCCGUUAAAGUAGCCGUCAAAGAUGUUACAUUGAAUGUUUAUCAUGGACAAAUCACUGUUUUAUUGGGUCAUAAUGGUGCUGGUAAAACAACAUUUGCUUCGAUGCUUACUGGUCUUUAUCAACCAACAAGUGGUGAAUUAAAAGUAGACGGAACUGAUGCUAUCAAAAAUCCUGAAUUUUCUCGACGUCGAAUGGGUUUAUGUCCACAAUUUGAUGUUCUUUAUGAUGAAUUGACAUGCGAGGAACAUCUUCGUUUGUUUGCCGUUGUUAAAAAUUGUCCACCAAAACGUGUUUCAAUGGAAGUAUCACAUGUACUUGAACAACUUGGUCUAACAUUUAAACGUCGUGUAUUGAGUAAAGAUUUAUCCGGUGGAAUGAAACGACGUCUUUCACUUGGAAUGGCCAUGAUAAAUAAUACGAAAAUAUUGAUUCUCGAUGAACCUACCUCAGGGUUAGAUCCGGAAGCACGUCGUGGUGUAUGGGACUUUCUUCUAUCUAUCCGUAAAGAUCGUCUUAUCAUGUUAUCCACUCAUUGGAUGGAAGAAGCCGAUGUACUUGGUGAUCGUAUCGCUAUAAUGUCACGUGGUCGUGUUGUUUGUUGUGGUUCAUCCAUAUUUCUUAAACGUGUCUAUGCUGGUGGCUAUCAUCUUCGUAUUGCUAAAUCGGAUAAAUUUGAUUCAAAAUAUUUCCAAAAAUUUGUCCGUGAAAAUUUACCCGAUUCGAAAUUGGAAAAUGAAACCGGUAAUGAGAUCAAAUUCACUAUAGCACCCGAAGAUACGAAUAAAUUACCGGAUUUUUUUGAAAAAUUGGAAAAUGAUAAACAAGAAUUGGGUGUAUAUUCAUGUGGUGUGAACGUAUCAUCGAUGGAUGAUGUAUUCUUAAAGGUUAUUGAAUUGGAAAAUACCAAAUCAAAAUCAUUAGAAGCAGCCGAAGCAUCUAUGAAUCAUGAUCUACAAACAUUGGCCGUAGCACGUACUAGUCGUGCUAAUUCCGUUAUUUCAAUAUAUGCAACACAACAACAGAAUAAAACAAAUGGUGAUGGUGCGCCGGGCGCAUUCAAAACAACAAACAAUCAUCUAGAUGUAUUCAAUAAUAAUGCAUUCCGUGCCGGUAGUUUUAGUACUGAUCGUCCACUUUAUAAUAAUAAUAUUGGUGAUAUUAUUCAACGACAAACACCAAAAGUUCCACCUGGACGUUCAUUGACCAUAUUGAAAUUGAAAGCAUUAUUAUCGAAACGUGUACAUGAUAUAAAACGUAAUACAAAAACGGUGGUGCCCAUACUUGGCAUUGCUAUUGGUUGUAUUCUGGCUAUUCUUGGUUUGAUUGAAACCACUGUCAAUGCAACUGAUCGUUUUCCAAAUUGGAGUAUGGAAAUCAACACACAAGCAGCCGGUUAUGGACAUGAUAAUCUACGUGCCAUAUAUUUUGACCAAGAAAAAAGUAAUAACAUAUCAUUCCGUAAUUAUUAUGCAAAAGAAAUUCGUCAUGAACACUUUGGCCUUGUACAAUUGGAUGAUUCACGUAAUUUGGCACAAUUUUUCGGUAUACGAUCAAUAAAUACUAAUCGUAAUAAAGGUGCAUAUCUGGAUAAAUUCUAUCCAGAUAAAGCUGAAUCUACUACACAUUCAUCAUCAUCAAGAGUUCCAACAACACCACCACCAUCAACGGCACCGGCACGAAAUUAUUCACAAGCAUCUGAUCGUCUUUUGGACAUUGCACUAAGAGAUUUAAAUAUUUAUCGUGAAAAAUGGCUAAUUGGUGCAUCCACAGAAUAUUAUCGUCGUCGUUGGCUAUAUUUUGCAUGGUACAAUGGUGAAGCAGCACAUUCAUUACCAAUCAGUAUCAAUUUAUUGUAUAAUGCAUUAUUGAAAAAAUUGAUAUCGAAAGCAAAUUCAUUAUCCGUUGCAAAUGGUGGUCCAUCAUAUAAUCCAGAUAAUUUUAGCAUUAGCCUUGAUCAAAUUACAUUCGAACAUUUUAAUCCACAUUCAGCUUUUCUACCAUUUUUUGGUCGUGUUUAUAAUGGAAUAUUUUUUCCAUUUUCCGUUUCAUUUAUUGCUGCAUUCUAUGUAUUGUUUCCUACACAUGAACGUAUAUCCAAGGCAAAACUUUUACAGCUAAUGACCGGUCUUAGUGUACGGUUAUAUUGGAUUUCUAAUUUUAUCUUUGAUUAUACCGUAUAUUUUUGUUAUUUCGUUGCAAUGUUUACAUUGAUAUUGAUUUGGGAUCGUAGUUUUGGUUAUGGUCUUUAUUUCUCAAAUCCAUUAUCAACAUUGGCAUUCAUGUCAUUAUUUUUAACAUUCGGUUUGGCAGCCAUACCAUUUGCAUAUGUUGCAUCGUUAAUAUUCCGUAAACCAUCAACAGCAUUCGGUAUAUUAUGUCUGAUUUCGGUCAUUACCGGAAUCGGUAUGGGUGUUAUAGCAACAUUUUUUGAAACGAUUCUUGAAGAAAAAUUAAGUGCCGAAAUUCGUGGCCUAUUCUAUGCUGGCAUGUGGUUCACAAGACUUUCACCGGUUGUGGCAUUGAUUUUAGGACUACAAAAAUUGUUUACAUUAGAUUCAACACGUUUGAUUUGUGCACAAUUUCAAGCAUCAUUACGUGCCAUUCUUUGCGGUAUUUAUGCUGCAUCUCAACGAACCAAUCCGGAAUUGGAAGAGUUGAAAAUUCUUAAACCAGAACGUUGUUGUGAUGAGGUCUGUGGUAAUGAAUGUAUAUUUCAACAUCCAUUUUUCUGGUUUAAUUGGCUCGGUGUUAAUGAUGAAAUUUUUAUGCUCAUUUUGGAUGCCAUUCUUUAUUGGAGUUUAUUAGCAUUGUUGGAUAACAAAAAGAUUCGUGAAUCUGUUUCAAAACGUUUCCGUAGCUUUUAUCGUGGUACAAAAGAUGUAAUGAAAGUAUCGAAAAGUUCAAAAACAUUUAAAUUGGAACGUAUGGGUCAUGGUACAGCGUUCACCGAUAAAGAUGUUUUAGAAGAACGUGCAAGAACUGAAAAAAUUUUAGCAGCCAAAAAAAUGGAUCAAGAAGCAUUAUGUGUUCAUAAUCUAACAAAAAUCUAUUCCAAUGGUAAUUUCCGUGCUGUUGAUCAGCUUAGUUUUGCCGUUAGUAAGGAACAAUUUUUCGGCCUAUUGGGCAUAAAUGGUGCCGGUAAAACGACCACUUUUCGUAUGUUAACCGGUGAUCUAUCAUUGACACGUGGUAAUUCAUGGGCUGGUGGUUUUGAUCUAUUUUCAUCCACUCAAGAAUAUCAAGCACAAAUUGGUUAUUGUCCACAAUUUGAUGCAUUACUCGAUCGUCUUAAUUCAUUUGAAACAUUACAAUUGUAUGGCCGAUUACGUGGUAUUCCAGAUGAUGCUAUCAAAUUAGAAGUGAAUCGUUUGAUUAAAAAAGUUGACCUGCAAGCACAUGCUGCACGAAUGUGUCGAAAUUAUUCCGGUGGUAAUAAACGUAAAUUAUCAUUGGCAAUGGCAUUGAUCGGUGCACCACCAGUGGUAUUGUUGGAUGAACCAACAUCCGGUGUAGAUCCUGUUGCACGUCGUAAAAUGUGGGUAGCCAUUUCAGAUAUUCAAUAUGGUUCCGGUUGUAGUAUCAUUCUAACAUCACAUUCAAUGGAUGAAUGUGAAGCAUUAUGUGAUCGUAUUGCCAUUAUGGCUGCCGGUCAUUUUGAAUGUAUUGGUUCAACACAAUAUUUACGUACAAAAUUCGGUCAAGGUUAUUCAUUAAUCAUCAAAUUAAAUCCAGAUAUUGUUGCUGAAAAUGAUCUUUAUCUAGAUCAGGUACAGGAAUCUAUUGAAGAUCGUUUACCAAGUGCCGUAUUACGGGAUAUUCAUCAAACAUUAUUAUUCUAUCAUAUUCCACCGGAAUCCGAUGUUACUUGGGCAUCAUUAUUUCGUGCUAUGGAAGAGGCAAAAUCAAAUCUACAGCUAGAAGAUUAUCAAGUUGGUGAUACAACAUUGGAACAAAUUUUCUUAUCAUUUGCAAAGAAACAACCACAAGAAAGGCCUAAACGUAAAUCAUUGGCUGAUAUUGCUGAAAUGUUAUAGUAUCUAUAUAUCUAUAUAUAUUAAUUAUUAAUCUAAUAAUAUUAAUAAUGAUACAAUCAUCGAACACGUAAAUCAAUCAUUCAUUCAUAUAUGUGUGUGUGUGUGUGUGUGGAUUUAUAAUAAUUGCCUCAAAUCGAACGAUUCUCUUAUCAUCAUUUUGUCACUCAUAAUCAUCACCAUCAUCAUCAUCAUCAAAAAAAUUUCAUUUUUUUUUCUCUUCUUCUUCUAUACACACAAUGUUCAUUUCAACUAUAUACAGCAAUAAUUUUCAAAUUGUAAAUCAAAUUUAUCACCAGAAGAAAAAAAAAAUCAUUUUUUUGGGCUAAGGAAUCUACGUAAUCACACACACACACACUCACACACAGAUACACUAUAUUUUUGUGAUCAUGACAACGGUGAUUGUGACAAACAAACAAA